AUGUUAGUGGCAAGUAAAGGUGUCUUAGUGCAAUGUGAUCCUUCUAUUAAAGCAUUGAUAAUACAAAUUGAUUCAACAAGUCCGGGGAUAAUUUUGGAGGAGUUAGAUGAUACCCAUUUGUUAAUCCAACAUGACAAGGUUGAUAUUGUUAAGGCAGAAUUAAACCGCUUGUUAUCGAAGAAUAUCUAUAACCCCUUUGAAGAAGAAUAA